UCUUCUAUUCAAAUCUUCGCCAGGAGCUAGACGUUGGGUCAUCGACAGAAGCGCCUCGACUGUCCCUCCUUGCCUGCGCUCCUGACCCUCCAACUCUGUGAUAACAUAGUCCCGCCCCUCCCCCCACAUAACGAGCGCCCUCCAUUCUACACCCUCGGUGGCCGUUCUCAAACACUCAACAGCUCCCCUCCUAGCUUCCGUCUUACUAUCACAUUCUCUGUCGGCCACCGACGGAAGAAUGGGUCUGAACUUGGAGGAACUCUAUGGCCAACCUAUAGUCGAUGAGCAGAAACCGAAUGAGUAUUCAGAGUACCAGCCGAAGCAGGGGUAUGGCUGGGCCAACACCUUGCCCGAGCGGCAAGGUCUCUAUGACCCCGAAUAUGAAAAGGAUGCUUGUGGUGUAGGCUUCGCCGCACACAUAAAAGGAAAGCCUAGCCACAAGAUUGUCAGUGAUGCUCGCAACCUGCUCUGUAACAUGACGCACCGUGGUGCCGUUGGUUCAGAUGCACGGGACGGUGAUGGUGCUGGUGUGAUGACCAGUAUCCCACACAAGUUCUUCAUCAAGAAUUUCGCCCGGGAAGUCGGAGUUGAGCUCCCUCCUCUUGGCCAGUAUGCCGUCGGAAACUUGUUCUUCAAGCCAGACGAAGAGUCUCUGAAGGAGUCUACUAACACAUUCGAGGAAAUCGCAACGUCUUUGGGUCUACGCGUGCUGGGAUGGCGCGAGGUUCCUCGCGAUUCGACCAUUCUCGGCCCUGCUGCGCUCUCACGGGAGCCCAUCAUCAUGCAACCCUUCGUGGUGUUCAAGUCAGCGUAUGGCGAAGGCAACAAGCCCGAAGUCACUGACCCAGCACAAUUUGAUGACAAGACUUUCGAGCUCCAGCUGUACGUUCUACGGAAGCGUGCCACCCAUGUGAUUGGCCUUGCCAACUGGUUCUACCUCUGCUCUCUCAGUAACCGGAACAUUGUCUACAAGGGUCAGCUGGCUCCAGUGCAGGUGUACCAGUACUACCACGACCUGGUCAAUGUGGAUUAUGAGGGUCACUUUGCUCUCGUCCAUUCUCGUUUCUCGACCAACACUUUUCCUUCAUGGGACCGUGCGCAACCUUUGCGUUGGGCGGCCCACAAUGGUGAAAUCAACACCCUUCGUGGCAACAAGAACUGGAUGCGCGCUAGAGAAGGUGUGCUCAAGUCCGGGAUUUUCGGAGCAGAGCUUGACUCUCUCUAUCCCAUUGUUGAGGAUGGUGGUUCCGACUCUGCCGCCUUCGAUAACGUCUUGGAGCUACUGAUGAUUAACGGAGUGCUUUCCUUGCCCGAAGCGGUCAUGCUCAUGAUUCCUGAAGCGUGGCAGGACAAUCCAGCUAUGGACCCGGCCAAGGCUGCUUUCUACGAAUGGGCUGCGUGCCAGAUGGAGCCCUGGGAUGGCCCGGCACUCUUUACUUUCUCCGACGGCCGCUAUUGCGGAGCUAACCUUGACCGCAAUGGCUUGCGUCCUUGCCGCUUCUAUGUCACGGAUGACGACAGAAUAAUCUGUGCUUCUGAAGUUGGUGCUGUGGACAUCGAUCCUGAACGCGUGAUUCAGAAGGGCCGCUUGCAGCCCGGAAAGAUGCUUCUGGUUGACACCGUAGCUGGCCGGAUCAUCGAUGACUCGGAACUUAAGUAUACCGUCUCCCACCGACAUGAUUUCGCCUCCUGGUUAGAAAAAGAGCUCCUAAAACUGCCUGCUAUCAAAGAGAAGUUGGAUGCGCAGAGCGUGGAUCUCGUCUCACCAUUAGAUGAGACGACUAUCCAGAAUGACCCCCGCCUGAAAGCUUUCGGUUAUUCCUUCGAACAAGUGAGUCUGCUACUCGGCCCUAUGGCCGCCGACUCAAAAGAAGCCCUGGGGUCAAUGGGCAACGAUGCUCCUCUUGCCUGUAUUGCUAAACAACCACGUCUUCUCUACGAAUAUUUCCGUCAACUCUUUGCUCAGGUCACGAACCCUCCCAUCGAUCCGAUCCGUGAGGCGGUGGUUAUGUCUCUAGAAUGCUAUGUUGGUCCUCAGGGCAACCUUCUGGAAAUGGAGCAGUCACAGUGUCACCGCUUGCUCUUGCCAUCCCCUAUCCUGAGCAUUCCCGAGUUCAACGCGUUGAAGAAUAUCAAUCGCGCUCACAAGGAUUGGACAGUCAAAACCAUUGACAUUACAUUCGAGAAGCAAAAGGGCGUCCCUGGCUACCUUGAAGCUCUUGAUGCCAUCUGCGAUGCCACAACCGAAGCAAUCCAGAACGGGGACAAGAUCCUCGUGCUUUCGGACCGAGCCACGUCGGCCGGGAGAGUUCCUGUCUCCGCUCUUUUGGCCACUGGGCUCGUUCAUCACCACUUGGUCCGUAACAAAUGGAGAUCUCUCGCUGCCAUCGUCGUUGAGACCGCCGAGGCUCGUGAGGUACAUCACAUGUGUGUCUUGGUGGGGUACGGAGCCGACGCUAUCAAUCCUUAUCUUGCAAUGGAGUGUAUCCUCAAGAUGAACCGGGAAAAGCUGAUUCGCAAGCAACUUCCUGAUCAGAAGGUAAUCGAAAAUUAUAAGGCUUCUUGUGAUGGUGGUAUCCUCAAGGUCAUGAGCAAGAUGGGUAUCUCCACCUUGCAGUCCUACAAGGGCGCUCAGAUUUUCGAAGCUCUUGGCAUCGAUGAUAGCGUCAUUGACCGUUGCUUCGCUGGAACCGCGAGCCGCAUUCGUGGUAUGACUUUCGAGCUUAUUGCUCAAGAUGCCUUCGCGUUCCACGAGCGUGGAUACCCUUCGCGCGAGAUUGUCGAUAUUCCCGGUCUUCCCGAGUCCGGCGAAUAUCACUGGCGCGAUGGCGGGGAAGAGCACAUCAAUGACCCGGUCAGCAUCGCGAACAUGCAAGAUGCUGUCCGCACAAAGAAUGACAAGUCGUAUGAAGCGUAUGCCAAGGCUGAACACGAGCAGAUCAAGAAUUGUACCCUGCGUGGUAUGCUCGAUUUCGACUUUGAACAGCGGACCCCCAUCCCCAUUGACCAGGUCGAACCGUGGACAGAAAUUGUGCGUCGGUUCGUUACAGGUGCCAUGUCUUAUGGUUCUAUCUCCAUGGAAUCGCAUUCUACCUUGGCAGUCGCUAUGAACCGCCUCGGUGGAAAGUCGAACACUGGUGAAGGAGGCGAAGAUCCCGAGAGGAGCAGGAGAUUCGAGAACGGCGAUACAAUGCGUUCCGCCAUCAAGCAAAUCGCUUCUGGUCGCUUCGGUGUGACUUCUCACUACCUCGCGGACGCUGAUGAGCUGCAGAUCAAGAUGGCACAAGGAGCUAAGCCCGGUGAAGGUGGUGAGCUUCCUGGACACAAGGUCGUGGGCCCUAUCGCCCGUACUCGUUACUCUACUCCUGGUGUCGGGUUAAUCUCGCCACCUCCGCAUCACGACAUCUACUCCAUUGAAGAUCUUAAGCAACUCAUCUACGAUCUCAAAUGCUCCAACCCUCGUGCACGAGUAUCCGUCAAGCUUGUGUCCGAGGUUGGUGUUGGUAUUGUUGCCUCUGGUGUCGCUAAGGCUAAGGCUGAUCACAUCUUGAUCUCCGGUCACGAUGGUGGUACUGGUGCCUCCCGUUGGACCGGUAUCAAAUAUGCCGGUCUUCCAUGGGAGUUGGGUCUGGCCGAAACCCACCAGACCCUUGUUCUGAACGACCUGCGCGGGCGUGUUGUUGUCCAGACCGACGGUCAAAUUCGUACCGGCCGUGAUCUUGCUGUUGCUUGUCUGCUCGGUGCAGAGGAAUUCGGAUUUGCCACCACUCCCUUGAUUGCUAUGGGAUGUAUCAUGAUGCGCAAGUGUCAUCUGAAUACCUGUCCUGUUGGAAUUGCGACCCAGGACCCAGCACUGAGGGCCAAAUUCCAGGGAACUCCCGAGCAUGUGAUCAACUUCUUUUACUAUGUUGCUAACGAGAUGCGUGCCAUCAUGGCCAAGUUGGGCAUUCGAACGGUCAAUGAGAUGGUGGGUCGUGCGGAGCUCCUCAGGAUUCGAGAUGGUAUCAAAACUCCCAAACAAGAGAAGAUUGAUCUAUCCCUUAUUCUCACCCCAGCCCACUCCCUCCGUCCUGGAGUGGCUACCUACAAUGUUCGCAAGCAGGACCAUCGCCUCCACACACGUCUCGAUAACAAGUUAAUUGCCGAAUCCGAGCUUGCGUUGGAGAAGGGCCUGCCCUGUCGGAUCGAGUGCGAUAUUGUCAACACGGACCGUGCCUUGGGUGCUACCUUGUCCUAUCAGGUUAGUCGCCGCUAUGGCGGGGAAGGACUCCCGCAAGACACUAUUCACUCGAACAUCAAGGGCUCGGCCGGUCAGUCCUUUGGCGCUUACCUUGCUCCGGGUAUCACCCUUGAGCUGGAAGGUGAUGCCAACGACUAUGUCGGUAAGGGUCUUUCUGGAGGCCGCCUAAUUGUGUACCCUCCCCGUGGCGCUGCAUACAAGGCCGAGGAGAACGUCAUUGUCGGCAACACCUGUCUCUAUGGUGCUACUCGGGGUACCUGCUUCUUCCGCGGUUUGGCUGCUGAGCGUUUCGCUGUUCGUAAUUCCGGGGCUACCGCUGUCGUUGAGGGUGUUGGUGACCAUGGAUGUGAGUAUAUGACUGGCGGUCGGGUGCUUGUCCUUGGUCCCACAGGACGUAACUUUGCAGCUGGUAUGUCCGGUGGUAUCGCAUAUAUCUUGGACAAGAGCCAGGAUUUCCAUUCCAAGGUCAACAUGGAGAUGGUCGAGGUCAGCGGAUUGGAAGAUCCCGCUGAAAUCGCUUUCGUUCGUGGCUUGAUUGAGGAUCACCACCACUACACCGGUUCCGAAUUGGCUGCCCGCAUCUUGCUCGAUUUCACCCGUGCUCUCCGCCACUUCGUCAAGGUUUUGCCCAUUGAUUACAAGCGCAUCCUCGAGGAGGAAAGUGCCAAGGCUAAGGCCGCAAAGCAGGCCGAGUUCACUUUGCCUCAGCUUCCUGGUACGCCGGUUCCAGCUGAAAAAUCGAAGGCCCAAUCUGAAAAGGAUGCGAAGAAGGUUGAGAUGCUCGACAUUGAAGACAGCAUCAGUGACUCAAAGACUGAGAAGAAGCGCUCGGCUCUCAUUCUUGAUAAGACCAGAGGUUUUAUGAAGUAUAAUCGUCGCAGCGAAAAGUACCGAAACCCAGCUACUCGGACGCGUGACUGGGCUGAGCUUUCUGCCCGUCUUAGCGAGGAUGAGUUGAAGUACCAGUCAGCUCGUUGCAUGGACUGCGGUGUCCCAUUUUGUCAGUCUGAUACUGGUUGCCCGAUCUCCAAUAUCAUCCCGAAGUGGAAUGAACUGGUUUUCCAGAAUCAGUGGCAAGAUGCGCUUAACCGUCUUCUCAUGACAAACAACUUCCCAGAGUUCACCGGUCGUGUCUGCCCCGCGCCUUGUGAGGGCGCAUGUGUCCUAGGUAUCAACGAAGACCCAGUAGGAAUCAAGUCUAUCGAGUGUGCUAUCAUUGACCGUGGGUUCGAAAUGGGCUGGAUGGUCCCUCGUCCUCCUAAGUCUCGCACUGGCAAGACUAUUGCCAUUAUUGGUUCUGGUCCGGCGGGUCUCGCUGCUGCAGAUCAACUCAACCGUGCUGGGCACAGUGUGACUGUCUACGAGCGAGCUGAUCGUAUUGGUGGGCUGCUCAUGUAUGGAAUCCCCAACAUGAAGCUAGACAAGAAGGUCGUGCAGCGUCGUGUUGACCUGAUGGCCGCCGAAGGCGUCCAAUUUGUCUCUAGCACCCCCGUUGGACCUGAACACGAUGUCAGCCUGGAGUCCCUGCGCAAGACCAACGAUGCUGUUAUCAUUGCUACUGGUGCCACCGUGGCUCGUGAUCUAAAGGUCCCUGGACGCGAGCUUGAGGGCAUUCAUUAUGCCAUGCAAUUCUUGCACCGCAACACCAAGUCGCUCCUUGAUUCCAACCUUGCCGAUGGUGCAUACAUCUCCGCAAAGGACAAGCACGUUGUUGUUAUUGGCGGUGGUGAUACCGGAAAUGACUGCAUUGGUACUUCUGUUCGUCAUGGUGCCAAGUCUGUUACCAACUUCGAGUUGCUGCCCCAGCCUCCGCCGGAGCGUGCCCGCGACAACCCUUGGCCCCAAUGGCCUCGCAUCUACCGGGUUGACUAUGGCCAUUCCGAGGUCAAGACACACAUGGGCAAGGACCCUCGCGAGUACUGUGUCAUGUCUAAGGAGUUCGUUGACGAUGGCAGUGGUCGCGUUAAGGGUAUCAAUACUGUUCGCGUGGAGUGGACGAAGGGUGCUUCUGGCGGAUGGGACAUGAAGACUGUCGAAGGCAGCGAGCAAUUCUUCCCGGCUGAUCUCGUUCUUCUUUCAAUGGGCUUCCUCGGUCCGGAAGAUCGCCUUCUAGGAGAUGAUAUUGAGCGCGAUGCGCGUAAGAAUGUCAAGACUCCUCCUGGUCAGUACUCCACCAACGUCCCUGGCGUUUAUGCUGCCGGUGACUGCCGUCGUGGCCAGUCUCUCAUCGUCUGGGGCAUCAACGAGGGCCGCCAGUGUGCCCGUGAGGUUGAUGCUGCUCUCAUGGGCAUUAGCUCCCAGCUUCCAGUCACUGGCGGCAUUGUUCGCCGUCCUGCUAUCGAUGCAGUACCCCAGUCGGCCCCACAGACCGUCUCAGCUUAAAUCUUGUUACAUAUCUCGGUUUCAUCAUGCUGGGCAGGAUCCAGCAGCACAACGAUCCAAAGUGAAACUCAUGAUCACAAUGAAUCUAUGACUGUCAAUAUUACAGAGCAAAACGGAGCUAGGAAAAGCUAAAAGAAAAGUUGGUUGCUUCGGUGAAAUUAACGUCGGAUGGCUGGUAUCUCUAUAGCUAUACAUUUUUCUACUAUCUUUCCGAGAGACUAUUUUGGGGAGGCUGAUUGAAGACUUUUGCUUCACUUCUAUGCUUGCCUGAGUUGUGCAGCGUUCUUUCAUCUUCAGAAUGUUGUGUAAGGUCGGAGCGUUUGUCAUUCUGUGCAACUUACUAGCUGUCUGUACAUAUUCUAUUCACGUCAAUAUCAAUCUGAUGAUUCCAAGUGACUUGGC